CAUACAUACAGCAUCCUUGAAGUCAACACAACGAAGCUCAAUCACAUUGAUCAAGUUUAAAGUUAGUAAGAGCCCCUGAAGAUAAAGAUACUCACACUAUGCCGCCGUGCACAUUGCGUCAGAGGGGUAUGGCCUAUAUACCGCGUAGGGACAAGAAUCGCGAAAAGGAUGUCCUGGCCCCGAAGCCCGUGCAUCCGCGGUCCUUGCGCUUCCACGGAUUCUUCGGCAUGUCAUAUGUCCAUCAACAUGUGAUGGUCGACGAGCGAUGGACGCCCAACUCAUUAACCGAACAGUUCAAGGGAAUGACCGACUUGCUGACACGCCGCUUGGUGUUCAAGAAUCACGAAUCGAAGGCCAAUCGCCAGCGGUAUUUUCGCGAGAACAAGCGCCUAAAGCUGCAAUGUCGGGAUGGGCGCACAAAGUUGCAGAAUAUUCUGGUCAACGACAACACCCACAAGAUUCGCAACUUCCUCAUUAACCACAAGGAUAUGCAGCGAUUGUAUCAGAAGAUGCCAAUUCACCUGGUGGUAGACAACAUCAAUCAGCGCACCUUUGUGAUGAGGAAGGAGCGGGAUCGCCUGGAGUUUCGCUUAGAUCAGUUAAAGCAGCACUACAAGGAACAACUGUUGCGGCGGGCACUUCUGCAGAACCGCAUCAAGUAUCAGAACGAAUUUAUUCUCGACGAGGAGCUCAAGUCGCGAGUUUUCCUCAAAAAGAUCGAGAACUCCAAUGUGCGCCUAAAGGCCAUCAAGACCAUCAACAACACUUAUAAAAAGAUGAUUCAGGUGCUGGUCCAUGACGAGAUCUUUUACGAGCCCAUCUUGCGCUCCCUCAGCAGUGACAUGGAUGAUCAGUCCAACUUCAUCAAGCAUAUCCUGUUCCUGGGCAUGCCGGCUAUAGCGAAGUUCAAGGAGCUGAACGACGAGUUCAGGAACAUGGAGGAUAAGUCCCGCAAGAACUUGCAGAUGAAACUGCAAAUGCUUGCCUCUCUUAAGAAACCGGCAGGCACAUCAAUUAAUUUCAACAAGCCCAAGGAGGCGCCGCCGACCACGAAUCUGAAGCGAUAUGUCAGGGAGACCCAAAGCAUGAUGAUUCUAAAGCUGGAGCUGAAGGCCGUGGAGAAGACUAUCAAAGAGGUCAAGUUUGUGACACUUUGUUCCCAGGCCAAGGAAAUUUAUCCACGGAUGAAGAGCCAGGUGGACAACAACGACAAGCUGCAUCGCAUGAUUGUUAAUGACAUGUUGGCCCACGAAAUGCUGGAAACCAAGAUGAAGUGCGCCAGUGUCUUAAAGGGGGUGCUGGUCAACAAUCUUUCAGAGGAAGAGAUCAACCGUCUGGAGCGCAUCAAGGACCUGAAGAAAAUGUUGCAAAAUGAUAUUCAAUUCGAACAAGACACACUGCAGCAUCUCAAGAAUAGAGCUGAUGCAUAUGUUAUGCUAAGAGUAACCAUUUGGAAUCUGUUGGAAAUUCUGCGACAUAUUGAUCGUCAGCCAAAAUUGCUACGUGCCCAGUAUCCCAACUCGUACUUAAAGCUUCCGCUGCUUAAAUUCGAAAUGCUGAAUAUGAGAGCCGCUGCCCCGGAGAUUUUCGAGGAGAACAUUGAUAACAUAAUGCAUAUGGUGAAGCGCAAGAUCUACAAGCUGAUGAAGGCCUAUGCUGUUGAGUUGAAACCGGCGACCGUCAAGCGAAAUGUCGAGGAAUACCAUGCCGAUUUCUUGGCCAGCCUGGAUAUGUACGAGCCUGUGGACACUGAGGAGCAGGCUCCAACAGCUCCCGAGGACGAUAUCUUGCAGGAGAACAAGACCAUGGCCAAUGUGCCCAACCGCAAGCAGAUCAAGGCCCAAAGUGCGAAGCUUGUGGAGGAGCUGGCCAAGCGGGAUGAAAUGUAAAUGUUUACUUUAGUAUUUGUGUUACAGUAGCUUAAAAUUUGAAGUAAGUUAAAUUCUGCAAGUUAAAAAACCAUUUAAAGUGCCUACAAUUGAGUGGCUAACAGAAAAAAUAAUAAAUCGUGAGUUUUGGAUUGACGAAAUCCCGAAAAUGGAA